AUGCCGUUGGCCUCGGAGUGGACGGAGGAGAAGAACGCGUGCAUUGACUGGUCCAUUCCAUCGGAGGUGUUGGGCAACGGCUUCACGUUUCUUCAGCUCCUCGCCGUUCACCCUCGUCUGCGCGAGCACUACGCGAAGGCGGAGCGGCGGGAGAAGCGGGCAGCGGCGACGGCCAUCUUCCUCCGCGGAAGCGACACAGAAAAAACAGCUCUGUUAAAUGAAUGGCGGGCGCAACAGCUUCUCACGCCGCGAGAACAGCGGUGGUGUCGCUUUUGCGGAGCGAGCGGCCACACCCGCCUGCGGUGCCCGAAGCGUCGCCGCGAGGCGUCCGACGAGGGCCACGCCGGCGAAGAGUCAGCUGAGAAAGUGGUGCCCCCACAGAAAGGGGCUGAGACUUCCACCUCUGCUUUGGUGUUCCCGGCAGCCGCAGACGUCGCAGAUUCCGCUGCGACACCGUCGGUGCUGAAGAAGUACUUGGAGCAUCGUCAGCGUGUCGAGCGGCGUCGAAUCAUGGAAGAGAGGCAACGACCCCGCGCCGAGUUGACGGCCGUGCGGCGGGACAACGCUUCGAACGGCGCGACGGCCGCCCCUGCUGGUGCUAGUGCUGCCGCUGCCGCCGUCUUCGCUGCUGAGGACCGCCGCCGGGGGUUGGUGUGCCGCAUCGACGAGGCGAGCAACAUCGGCUUCAUCACCGUCGCCGGCAUGGGGGAGUUGAAGUUCUUUGUCGAUCGCGUGGAUGUCGGGGUGAAGAUGGUCGCCGUCGGGGACGCCGUAGCCUUCAAGCUGGACGCCAGCCGCGAUUACCCGAUCGCGGUCGACGUGCGACACGAGCGCCCGGUGAUCAGCCUGGACGACGUGCGUAAGUUUUUGCAUCGCUGCCGGGCCGCGCGGCACCCUAUAAAGGUGAUGGCGACGCUGCUCAUGCACGCUCACGAGUGGGUGGUGCUGCUGCUGUGGCUGCAGGCGAUGCGCGAGCAGGACGUAAACUUCUACCUUGACGCCGUGCACACGCUGAUCGAGCUGACCACUUUUGUCGGCAAUCGCGAGCCGAUCCACGAGCCGGUGCUAGAGGCAUUCCUAUCGUUGAUGUGCACCACGACAGCGAAUACGGCGAGCAGCGCGGCGGCCUCGCCGCUUUCCUCGUCUCCCGCCUCUCCGGCGCCGUCUGGUGCGUCGACCAACACCGAAAGUCAGCGUCUUCGCUUUUAUCCGGACAUGGUGCAGGAUGCGUUAGAGAUGAGCGCGGCGUCGCUGCGCUCGAGCACACCGACCCUGUCUGCGACGGCGUCGCCAGCGGCGCGGCUGGCUGAGGAUCACUGGAUGGAGGCGGCGCAGUACGUCAUUCUUAUGCAGUACUACGGAUCGAGCCGUGAUGACAGCGAAGGUGGUGCAGGGGGCAAUGCAAGUGUCAAUGCCUCCCCGCUUGCGGAGGAGCGAGAGGAGGCGGUCGUGCAGCUGCUGCAGACCGUCUUGGCGGAGCGCGCUGCCCGGGCUACGGUCGUGGCGGCGCGUCGGCUGAAGAGCAUGCAGCGCCGUUUGGCGGAAGAGACGCGCCGCCUCGUCGCAGUGACGGAGCGGCCCCCCCGUAGCGCCGCGCUCCCUCUCAUCCCCACCGCGGCGGAGCUGAGUGUCCCGCCGCCGGACCCGUCGUCGGUGUUUGCGGCGUCGAAUUUGCCCGUCAACGGCGCCGUCACGUACGACUCGACGGACCGCUUUAUUCGCGAUCAGCGUGCGCUGCUGCGCGCCGACACCUUCGAGGCUGUCAGUCGCCUUCUGCCGGCGGUCUGCUACAGCUUACCGACCUACACACCGUCCGCGGAGACGUUGUCCGACGUGCAGCACGCCCGCGUGUACUCCCACGUGCGAUGCGUAGGCAAAGUGCUGACACGUGACCGCGACUACAGCCACCCGAACAGCUACCUGCUCGAGGUGCACCCACACAGCGCGAAGGCAGACCUGCGAGCGCAGCUGCACCAAGGCACGACAGUGUGCAUUUCCACCGGCUUAGACCCGACCCGCAUGCAGAAAGACGAACUCUUCUGGGGCCUCGUCUCGUCGUGCGAUGCGACGCUCAUGAAGGCGGGUGUCAUCGUCGUGUGUCCGUGCGAGGGCAGCGAGUCGUUUGAGCGGAUGUGUGCGGCGUUGGUGCGCAACGCGGCGGCGGGCAGGUUGGACCGCUCCUUCUUGCUCGAGACGCCAAUCUUUAUGACCGGCUACGAGAGCAUCAUGCGCGCCUUGGAGGCUUUUUGCGGUUCGCUGGCGAUGCCGCUGCCGCUCGUACGACAACUUGUCGGCCCACAGGCAGCGACUGCUGCUGCGGCGGCGAAGGCGGCUGCGGCCGAUGCGUUGGCAGUCGGUGCGGUUGCAUCGAGUGGUCAUCAAUCUGUGCAAGAGGAGAAGGGUGAAGGCCAACUUAUGGAGUACAUCCCGCCGCACUGCGCAGUGGCGUUUCACGAGAUUGCGAAUGAAAUUCAAUCGAGGUUUGCCCUGGACGAAGGCCAGGCAGCCGUCAUGCGCCAACUGCCCGUUUCGAAGAUGAUUCUCGUGCAGGGUCCCCCGGGCACCGGCAAGUCUUUUAUUGGCUGCCGUGUGGUGGAGGCCUAUGUCCGCUACAAGCAGCUCGUCGCGUCGGGGGACAUUCUGCAGAAGGUCAGCAUCAACAUGCUCCGCUCGAUCCGCAUGGACGAGCUGCUGCCGCGGGUCGGGCCGAUGGUGGUCAUCACCUACAAAAACCACGCGUUGGAUGAAUUUCUGCUCGAUUUGUUAGACUCCGGGCUGUGGGAAGGCGAUCGACCGCGUGUGGGUCAGCAGCUGGCGGCGAACACGGCUGGGCUGUCCUCGAACCCUGGCACCUUCCCCGGUGGGAAGCGCCUCGUCCGCAUCGGUGGCCGCUCGCGGGAAUCGGCCCUGGACGGCUACAACCUCGGCUCCCUCAUGCACGGCAGCACCGACCGCGCAGCCAUCAAUAGCCUCAAGGAGCGGCUCUACGUACUAAACCAACGGCUGGAGCGGCUGACGAAGGAGAUCCACUACCUCGAGAACGGGAAGGUGCCCCGCGUGUACUUUGAGCGGUGGCUGACGGCGGAGCAGCGAAAGCACAUUACCUACGACGAGCGCGAGGCGUGGCUUGCCGGGGAGCGCUUUGUCGGGGUGCCGGACGGGCCGACGGAUGCGGUGUCCGCUACGCAUUACCAGGAGCUGCUGCAGACGCGCAUGUCGGCGCUGCUGCACGGGCAGGAGACCGCAGCAACAGGGGCGGCGGCAGCAACGGCAGCUGCGACGACAGCGCCGCACCGAUCCACGAAUGCGGACGCUGCAGCGGCGGCGGAGACGGAGAAGGACGAUGAGACGGCUGUGGACGCCGCACUGCAGGCCGAUGAGGCAGCAGAACGGGAGAAGGAGGAGGACGUGUCCUUGAGCGUCUUUCAGGAGAUGCGCCGCGAGGAGGAAAGACGGGAAUUCAACAACGAACUCCACCGGACUUAUCUCUCCUCGGAGGCGAUUCGGCUGGCCAGCCACCCACCCAGUCGCCCCGCAGGGGUGCCGGAGGAGCUGCUCUCGCUGUGGAGCCUCCGCCCACGACUGCGGCACGAGUACUACGCCUACCUUAUCGCCCGCACCAUUUCCGCCAAGGCGCGUGAUUGCCAGACGAUUAUGGAGACCAUGAAGAGCGUCAUCCGUGUGCGGCUGCACGCCACGGAUGAAUUAAAGCUGGCCCUUCUGCAGGGUGCGGAUGUCGUGGGGCUGACGACCACUGGCUGCGCCAUGAACCAGCACCUACUGCGGUCUCUGCGACCGAGCGUGCUGGUGGUGGAGGAGGCGGCCGAGGUGCUGGAGUCGCAGCUGCUGGCCUGCAUGACGGACUCGCUGAAGCAGAUCAUCCUCAUCGGCGAUCACUUCCAGCUGCAGCCGAAGGUGGACACCUUCCAGUACGAGAAGGUCAACCACCUGAACCUCUCCCUCUUUGAGCGGCUGGCGCGCACGUGGCAGCCGAUCCGGCUCACGGAGCAGCGUCGCAUGCACCCCGACAUCUCGCGGCUUAUCCGCCCCUUCUACACCCCGCAGCCGCUGAUCGAUCACGCGUCGCUGCUGACGCGUCCCUUCCCUUCUGCCUCCCACACAGUGCGGCUGGACACGGUGCCUGGCCUGGCGCAGCGAGUCUUCUUCUGGCGUCACAACCACCCGGAGGAGGAGGCCCCCGGCAGCCGCAGUAAGGUGAACACGCGAGAGAUCCGCAUGGUCCAGCAGGUGGUGGCCCACCUCGCCUCGCAGGGUGUGCUGCAGAAGUCCAUGACGGUCAUCACGCCUUACUUGGGUCAGUGCCGCAUGCUGCGCGGGGUGCUGCGCCUGCGCUCCCUCGCGGAUGUGCGAGUCAGCACCGUGGACCUUUAUCAGGGGGACGAGAACGACGUGGUGAUCUUGUCGCUGGUGCGCACCGAGAAGCUGACGGACUUCAUUCGCACGCGGAAUCGUCUCAUCGUGUCGUGCUCGCGGGCGCGCUUUGCGAUGGUGAUGGUUGGCAAUGACAAGCUGCUGCGUCAGUGCUCGCAUUGGCAGGCGGUGCUGGACCAGCUGCAGGCGGACAACCACAUUGGGGAGAGUUUGCCCAUCACGUUCCGCGAGCACCCGGCACAGGUGCAGUACCUGCGCGUGACAGAGAACGUGUCCGCCGCUGCCUUGGAGGAGGAGAUGAACGCCGCAAGACGACCACCCGCCGUCUCCCGUCACAACAUCAACGCGGCAGCCGCUGAAGGCGACGGUACCGAUGGCGGUGACAACGAGGUAAAUAGCGGUGAAGGCGACAGGGACGACGGCGCAGGCGGGGAGGCGGUGGUGGUCGACCAAGGCGGCGAUGGGAGCAGCGGCACGGACGAAGAGGCGUAA